AUGGCACUGUCCAGAACACUCCGCCUCACGCACCGCACACGGCGCACGCUCACAUCUGCCCUUUUCGGCCUCACAUUCUUCGCAUCGAUCCUCACCGUCUCCGCGUCCGACGUCCUACCCUGUCCCGCCCAUUCUUCUCGCAACCGUUUCGCGGAUGGUGGAGAGCCGGGAGACCACACAUCACGAGGGGGGCGUAGCAGUCGCCCGGCGGUGGUAGAGAAGCGUCCCAGGAGAUGGAUAGAAGAAAAAUCACCCCAUUUGUCUAAUCCAUAA